UUAGGGUUUUUCGGCUAACACACCGUUAGCCAAAAGCCACAGACUCAGACAGAGGGAGAGAGAGCAUUUGCCAAGGCUAACCAAUGGCAGACGACUCAGCUUCACUACCUGGCCAACUAGCCGCAACAACCCUAAACGUUUCAUCAUCCGAAGUCUUAAAGGCCGAGUUUUCCGACCGAGUGCCGAUCCGAUCCAUCGUGUCCCGGCCCGACGGCGGCGCGGGGCUCUCGGGGCACCGGGUUCGGGUCGGCGGAUGGGUCAAGACGGGCCGGAAGGCCGACAAGGACGCGUUCGCGUUCCUGGAGCUCAACGACGGGUCGUGCCCGGGGAACCUGCAGGUCAUCGUGGACGCGGCCGUGGCGGAUCUGAGCCCCCUCGUGCCGACCGGCACGUGCGUAGUCGUUGACGGCGUGCUGAAGCUUCCUCCCGCCGGGACCAAGCAGAAGGUGGAGCUCCGGGGCGAGAAGGUAGUCCAUGUUGGGCCGGUUGACCCGGCCAAGUACCCGUUGCCGAAGACCAGGCUCACGCUCGAGUUUCUCAGAGAUGUCGUGCACCUUCGGCCGAGAACCAACACGAUAUCUGCAGUUGCUCGAAUCAGAAAUGCCCUUGCAUAUGCAACGCAUACAUUCUUUUACAAGCACGGAUUUCUUUAUGUUCACACUCCGAUUGUCACCACUAGCGAUUGUGAGGGUGCUGGUGAAAUGUUUCAAGUUACAACUUUGAUUAGUGAAGCUGAUAAGUUGGAGAAGGAGUUGAUCAAGAAUCCUCCUCCAUCGGCAGCUGAUAUAGAAGCUGCUCAACUUCUUGUCAAGGAGAAAGGAGACAUUGUUGCUCAACUGAAAUCUGCCAAAGCGGGCAAAGUGGAGAUCAAUGCUUCUGUAGCUGAACUAAAGAAAGCAAAAGAGAAUCUAGCAAAACUGGAGGAGAGAUCAAAGCUGAAACCUGGUAUUCCCCAAAAGGAUGGGAAGAUUGACUACACACAAGAUUUCUUUGCCCGCCAAGCAUUUUUGACUGUCUCUGGCCAAUUACAAGUUGAAUCUUACGCAUGUUGUCUUAGUAGUGUCUAUACAUUUGGGCCCACUUUUAGAGCUGAAAACUCUCACACUUCAAGGCAUUUGGCUGAGUUCUGGAUGGUUGAGCCUGAAAUAGCUUUUGCAGAACUCAAGGAUGAUAUGAACUGUGCAGAGGCAUAUGUGAAAUUUAUGUGUCAGUGGUUACUUGACAACUGCCUUGACGAUAUGGAAUUUAUGGCUGAUAAGUUUGAUAAGACUUGCAUCGAUCGUCUAAGAAUGGUUGCUUCCACCCCUUUUGAGCGUGUUUCGUAUACUGAGGCUGUGGAACUUCUAGAAGAGGCCGUGAAAGGUGGCAAGAAGUUUGAUAAUAAAGUGGAAUGGGGCAUUGAUUUAGCAUCUGAACAUGAAAGAUACUUGACAGAGGUGAAAUUUCAGAAGCCUGUUAUUGUCUAUAACUACCCAAAAGGUAUCAAAGCAUUCUACAUGAGGCUCAAUGAUGACUCUAAGACAGUGGCUGCUAUGGAUGUGCUCGUGCCAAAGGUAGGGGAGUUGAUUGGGGGAAGCCAGAGGGAGGAGCGUUUGGAGGUUAUUCAGCAAAGAAUACUAGACAUGGGGCUGCCUCUUGAGCCAUAUGAGUGGUACCUUGACCUGCGGCGCUUUGGGACGGUAAAACAUAGUGGUUUUGGUCUUGGGUUUGAACGCAUGCUUCUUUUCGCCACCGGCAUUGAGAACAUCAGAGACGUUAUUCCUUUCCCUAGAUAUCCCGGGAGAGCAGAUCUUUGAGUUGGACUCUGUUGCUGCAAAUUGAUUUAGAUGCUGUAAAAGAAACUGCAGGAGAUCUUUUGUCGUUUUUUUAAUGGUCCAGAUUUAAUUAUACCCUCUUUUAGUAAACUUAAAAUUAAAUCUAGACAGUUAAGAAAACUAUAGGAAAUCUCUUGUAAUUUUUUUCUUUACAGCGCUUGAUCCAAAUCCAUUUAGCUUAGUAAUUUGCAUCUAUAAUCCAAUAUAAGUUGUUCUGCUAUGUC